AUGUCGGACAGCCCACCAGCUCUAGCGUCCUCACCAGCAUCUCCUGUGGCCGAUUCCAGCGAGUGGAUGCACGUUGGGCCAGAGAUGGGGGAGGCGGAGUAUGUUGUUGCCUUACAGAAGUUGGGCAUUCAAAUGGCUGCCAGCAUCCCACAGAAGCUCCAGGAACGGGCUGAUGCCUUGAAUGAGAUCAAACCAGAACCUGUGGAUGUGGAGCCAGCUCAUGGCUCCAAGUCCAAGAAGCGUAAGUCCAAGUCCAAGUCCAAGUCCAAAUCCCGUACCAAGCGAGCUAAGGGGGGUCAUGAUACUUCUACAGAAGCUAGAGCUGGUUCUGUGGAUAGAGAACAGGUGCUGCAAUCGUUUGAUCAAAAGUACCAGGAUGUGAUCAAAAGUCUCCCACAUGUUCUGUGGCCAACGUCUACGAAGCAUGGUGAACACAGCUACACGGCGACCCUUAUCUUCCAACCCAAGAAUACUUUAUGA